CUGGUGAGGAAGGGCAGGGAGGACCUGCAGCUCCUCGCCCGGCGGCUCGCCACUUUGUUCCCAUCUUUGCUGUCGGAGGAAAACAUGAGGAAGAGGAGAAUCAGCUUCGUCACCAGCUCUAAGCAUCGCUGUGUGAGCAGCGUGGAGGCAUUCCAGGACGGUCUGCUGCAGCACUGGGGUCGCCAAGAUGAGGCUCCAGGAUACAGCCAUGAGGUGGAUGAUGAGCUAAUGCGCUUCUUUGAGCGUUGCAGAGCUUAUGUGGAGGGCGUGGAGAACAACCGUACUGCACUGGCGGAGGUGGAGAAGUUCAAGCAUGGCGUGGAGAUGGAGGCGGUGCGGCGGAGAAUGGCUGAGAAACUGGGCCUUUCUCUGCACCUCCUCACACCAGACCUGGUAGAAGCAGCUUUCUUCAUUUGUUCCUAUGAACUGUCCAUCAAAUCCAUCCAUUCACCGUGGUGCUUCCUGUUUGACGAGAGUGAUGCCAAGGUGUUGGAGUACAAAUCUGAUCUGAAGCAGUUCUGGAAGCGCUCUCACGGUCACACCAUCAGCAGUCUGUCCAGCUGUCCGCUCUUCCAUCACAUCUUCAGGACCUUGGACAAAGCUGGCCGUCCUCGUCGAUCCACUGAUGCGGCUCCAGAACCGGCAUCCAUCUUGGUGGGACACGCUGAGACGCUCCUCCCCCUCCUCUCUCUCCUUGGACUGUACAAAGACCAGACUCCGCCUACAGCCAGCAACUACCAAUCACAGCAUGGGAGAAGUUUCCGAACCAGCCGCAUCGUUCCGUAUGCCGCCAACCUGCUCUUGGUUCUCUAUGACUGUCAGCGUGGCCCCCGGCUGCAGCUGCUCAUCAACGAGACGCCGCUGCGCUUCCCAGACCUGCAGGAGGAUGCGCCGCUUUACAGAGACGUUCGUGCUGCAUACCGCCACCUGCUGGAUGGCUGUGACUUCCAAAGAGAGUGUGAGGGGAGACCUGAGGGCCGGGGGCCCAAUACCGAGCUUUGACCCCUGGACCCCCACCUUCCCGCUCAGUUAUGGCCUUAAUCCGCCUGCUGACACGCCCCACAGCCACUCAGACGGCGUCCUUUCAGAGACAUUUAAAACUGAGCAGGGAGACUCUUUCCUUUGGGCGGAGCUUAAAGGAUGAACCGGACUGUCAUCCAUGAGCAGGACAUGAUGAACAAACCCAGUUCUGUCCCAUUUUCAUUCUUCAUCCCCUAAUAUUUCUGAGGCCUUAAUGAGUUUUAUUUAAAUGGACUUUUAAUCUGGGUUUCUUUAUAAAGCUUUAAGCUAAUUUUUCCCCCAAUAUGGGUUUUAUUUAACUAUUCUUUUAUUUUGAUACGCUGGCUGCUCCAUGUUUGGAUGUAUACUUUUGGGUGAAAUGAUUUGUGUUUGAGCCAAAUAAGGUUUCAGAGCUUUUAGUUUGCCAAAUGUUUCCGAAUUAAAGCUUUAAUAAAGACACAUUUUCUGAUUAAAAU